CAACGACAGACCACAACCCAAGUUAGUGCACUAAAUAAGAGGAAGAAGCCUGAGAGGAAAGUGUGCAUCAGAGCAAGUACCAUGGCCAUCAUACUGUUGCUUUUCUUCAUCCUAUAUGGAGCUGACGGCACUCACAUCAUUGGAGGCAGAGACGCUCUGCCGCACUCGCGUCCAUACAUGGCCUCACUGCAAUUUCGUGGGCAGCACAUCUGCGGUGGCUCGCUGAUUAGACAAGACUUUGUCCUCACUGCAGCACACUGCAGGAUACGCCGCGCUUUCACGGUGGUACUGGGAGUAGACUCCCUGACAGGUAAUGAGUCCACCAAGCAGGUGUUCACCACUGCUAAAGACAUCCCACAUCCCGACUACAACGGCCAUGAAAACGACAUUAUGCUUCUGAGGCUCAACGGCAGUGCCAUCCUGACUGAGGCGGUGCAGCUGAUCGUUCCCAAAAGAGGACGUCUGCAAAGACGCAGCAGGUGCAUCACGGCCGGCUGGGGGGACAUCGGUGAUAACAACACCUUGCCCAUCACUCUUCAGGAGGUCAACGUCACCCUGCUGUCGCAGCGCACAUGUCGCCGACGAUGGCAGAUAGUUCCCAUCACCAGGACCAUGGUGUGCGGCACGGGGUCCCGCGCCUUUCAAGGCUUCUGCUCGGGUGAUUCAGGUGGUCCACUGAUCUGCGACGGCGAGGCGGCAGGCGUGGUGUCGUUCUCCGGGCGACGCUGCGGGAACCCCAGAACCCCCGACGUCUACACUCGUGUCUCGGCCUUCACUGACUGGAUAUCCACGGUGUUGAAUAGAAAUUCAACAAAUGACCAUCAAGCUGUGUGACAUCAUUGUGUCCAGUUACACAACUGAUGUAUUAGUGCUGAGUUAGUCAAUGCAUGAUAAUCAUUUAUGUCGGAAUGUCACUGAUUUUGCUACAGUAUGUUGUACGCAUUAGGCACGCUUCAGAUGGUCCAUUUUCCAGAUUAAUUGACGUUUUCAUAGCCAGGCAGAGACAAAGCGGAAUUGAAAAUAACAAAUCCAGAAGUUUCUUUGAGUUUCUUUUUUGCUUGCUUUACCAUUGUAACGAAGAAGCAACCACUGGUCAUUUCAGAGGAAGCUUUUGACAAUUUGUUUUGGGGAUUAAAUAAAUAUUACAUAUGCA